AUGUCAGUGAAAAGAAAGCCAUUGUUAACACAAUUACUAUUGCUUCUUUUAACCAUUUCUUCUAUAAGAACUGAUACGACGGAGGUAAGAAAAUCAGAGAAGAAGAAAUAUAAGCCGCAUUCCUCCAAGUCUAAACUAAAUAUAGAUAAGGGAAAUCCAUGGCCGUUUUUACCGAGUCCCGGAAGUCAUUAUUCUGCGACCAAGGGAUACCCAAGCUAUCCAUUUAUGAUCGUUUCCCCUCCAGGUAAGAAGUUGAAAAAUUUGUAUGUACGCGUUGAAAUGUUGUUAGACUUGGGUUAGCGACACAGGCUCACACGCUCAACUUCACAAAUGUUGUAAGACGAUUAUACUGCAUGUCCGUCUCAUUUUUUUAAAUUUUCCAUCAAAUGGCUACUGUAUAUAAUAAAAGGAAUUAACAUGCAUUUUCUCACUCUGAUAACUGCAGGUUGAACACCAUCUGCCGCACGAUAGUUCUUAGUGAAACCCAGCUAUACAGUGCUACAUAUAUAUAGUCGUCAAUAUUUACUGCCUCAGCAUAAAAACCGGACUAAUCAAACGAUGCUUCCAAUACAUGUAUUUACUAUCUAAUACAAGAUCAAGACAUAUAGUGAACAAUUUAAUCACUCUGACAACUCCAAUUAUAUAGUUACACUGUCUUUAAGUCUGCUUUACACUGGUCAAAGUUUCUGUGAUUACAGCAGGAAUUUUGCAUGGGUAAAUUCUAAGUUUUGAAGGGUUUGUAAGAAAUGUUAGAGGGAAUACCCUGGUUCCAGAGGUUUAUUUUUUUAUUUUCAUUGCGAAGGGGAAAGGAAAAAUAAACCUCUGGUUGAAAGCGGCAAUUGAUUCAUCGAGCCGCGCCAAUCAGUUUGAAUUAGGGUCAGAAACUGACUCUGUCUCCUGAUUAGAUGAUUGUGUUAAAGCUCUCUGAUUGAUUCAAAUAAAACAUAUAUAAUAACCAAUCAGAGAGCUUUAAUACAAUCAUCCAAUCAGGAGACAGAGUCAGGAUCUGACCCUAAUUCAAACUGAUUGGCUCGAUGUUAUCUAAUCUAGGUGUUAAACAGAUUGUCAAUUCCCUCAAACAUUUCUUACAAAUCCUUCAAAAUAAUUUACCGAUGCUAAAUUCCUACUGUGAUCACAGAAACUUUGAUAGUGUAAACCAGGUUUUGGUAAAACCAAACGAUACAAAAGUCUGACAUUGAAACGUGUUUAUUUAGGCCAGGAGAAAGAAGGCAACGAACAUUUACAAGACGAAAGAGGAAGUAAAUAUUUUGUGAGCAGACGUCAAUCAGUACCAGUCCCUCAAUCUGUAUUCACACCAGUACAACAGAACAUUGUGGGUUAUGUUCCAGUAUAUUAUAUGCCACAGUAUUCCAACACUUAUCAACCAGUGUACACGAGUUACUAUGAACCAGAUGUAUUUGGGAAUGCAGUCACUCAACCGUAUUCAGGUGGAGGGCAAAGCAUUCUUUAUAGUGAUUAUCAGAUGCAAAGCCCUUUCCUGUUUUCUAAAAGGUAAGUUUGCUUUUUACAUUUGAUAUUUACGUACUGUUUAAUAAACGAGCAGGAUUGCUUUAUCAAACAUAAAACACGAGAGUGCAGUUCGAGUGUUUUAUAUCUGAUAAAGUACGGACUGCGAAUGUUUUAAAUGGCUUUUCAAACACUCAUUAAUAAUUCAUAAGCUAAUUGACAAAUCAUGUCAACCAUAAUAUGUCACGUGCAGUGGCUUUAAACCUGAUAAAACACUCUAAUUAGUAUUCUUUAUAUAAAGAAUACUAAUAAGGCAGUUUAUUUAUUGAAUUUGUAGUCGUGUUUGAAGCCGUUUAAUAAACUCGCAGGUCGUGUUUUAUUAGGUCUAAAGCCACUCGCGCUGCGCGCUUGUGGCUUUAAACCUAAUAAAACACUCCUGCUCGUUUAUUAAACAGUACAAAAACGACCCAUCUGAUGAGUUCAUUGGCGAAAUAAUCUUAAAAAUAAACGUUUUCUAAGCGGAGAAAAUCAAAGCUAAAGUUGAUGUAAAUGAACAUGAUUUUUUAUCAUAUAUAAAACCACCGACAAGGCAGAGAUUUUCUUUGUCUUUUCUUCAAAAAUAAUUAUUAAUGAGUUUUUAAAUGUUUUUAUAGUGUUUGACUGCAAUGUACAGUAUUUCGGUAUGGUUCAGCAUUGCUGGAUUUCAUUUUUAAAAAAUGAUAACACCCCGUUUUCUUUUCCUUCAGAUCUGACGCGAAAAAGCCACGUGACAAAAAGCAGCCAAAGAAAAGACAAUUCGUUCCACGUCAUCACUGGGCUUUUAGCCAAUGGCCGUUUGACUCUCACGAAUACGCAUUUACCAAAGAUCCUGUAUACUCCUCAAAUCACCGUCACCUACCCAGAUGGGGACCUAUAGAAUGGGGCGGGGCAGGGCCUUGGCGCCACUGGGCUAUAAAUCGAGAAGGCCUCCCCUCGCCAUUUGGUAUUGGACUUGCCCCACACAUGGGGGGACAGGGAUAUGUUGGACUUGCAGGGCGCUGGCCUGCGGGACAUGGCUAUCCCUUACCCACUCAUUUCCCUACCCCACCCCAUCUAUAACAUUUGUUACCAUGAGUUGUAACUAAUUUAACCUGCACCAUCAAUAGUACGAGAAACUGCUCAAUCUUGUGGCUCCGGACUCCAUAACCCGAAUUUUACAGGCUAAUGCUGACUAGCCCCAGUGAGCAAGCAAAGCAGAAGCUAAAACUCGCUUAUCUGCAACGUCAACUAUGCAAGGGAACACAGAAAACACGUGACUCUUAGGAUAGUUUAUCUAAAUUAUACCUAUCUGAAUACUGUAUAUUCGUUGUAAUAUAGUAUUUGUAAGUUAGAAGCAGUCUAAUGUUGUUUAUUUGUACUACAAAUUAUACCUAUAGUAUCUUAAUAUAUUAGAUUCGUAAUUUAGUUUUGUAUAGAAUUUUUUCUUCUUUUUUUUGUUCAUGAAUAUUUUGCCCAUGUAUUUCUCUUUCAAUGAAGCUUGAUGUUUGUUGAUUUAUGAUAGUAAAGAAGCUUUUUUAUUAUCGCUUGUUUUCUGUUAUGGAUUAACAACAAACCGCACACGUUUUAAGACAAACGUCUCUGUGUUAAACUCUAUUGACUACUCUUGAACUAUUCCACAUAUUGAACAGUCGACUCAUUUCAGUAGAAGAUUUUUUUACCCUUUAUAUCGUAGCGCCCUUGCAUCAAAUAUCAACGAACAGAAACAUAUAGGUAGUUUUCGAAAUUUUGAACUUGCGUGAUUUUGUGCUGGCGCGCAAUAAAUGGUUAUCUUUCAUUGUUUAAAGCUGGGUUGAUUUAUACUGAAUAGCUGAUCUAUAAGUUCUAAAGGUCCAGAAGAGGUCACCCCUUCUUUAUUCAAUUUUACUACAGGAGAAAACUGGAAUACCCGCGUGGAGAAUAUUUGCCGUGUUUGGUAGAGUCAAAUUGGAAGCACUCUUCUUAAACGGGACGUGGUGAAAUUAUAAUCAAACACCUGCAAUCUUCUUGAUUUCUGUCGCAUUAACAACCAGAAACAAUUCCACGCUUCAUUACUCGCAAUGAAAAUUUAACAUUUUUACAAUGGCUUGAUUUAGAAGUCUCUAUAGUUUUGUUCGUUUUCCGAAUUUCUAAUCUACUUUUGUUGUUUAGCGCUCUGCUGUGAUGCAGUUCUGAGCGAAAAAAUGAAAGGAUUUCAAUGGCUGCGAUUGUCAAUUUAUGUUUUAUUACUUCGACUAUGGCUGAGUCAGUGUUUGCCUGUGAAAAGUUCACUCAAACAUAAUCACGGUAAGAUUUUAAACUUGGAAUAUAUAGAACUAUCACAAACUAUGAUGUUUGUGAUGUUACUCUGAGUGUAUAUCCACACCGGGCAAGCUUGAAAAAUAUGCCUGGCCACGGUGGGAAUCGAACCUACGACCUUUGGAAUACUAGCCCAAUGCUCUGCCAACUGAGCUACGCGGUCAGGUCGGUUCGAGUAUGUGAUAUUACAAACUAUGCGUCAUGUUGUAGAAAUGUGAAGAGAAAUAGAUAAACGCACAAUGCUACACUGAAUUGGAUUAUAACUUGCAUCGUAAGAUUAAGUAAGUUUAGAAAACAAACUCAAGGCGGUAAAUUUGAACUUUGUUUAUGAAUUAAAAUAAACACUUGAAAGGCAAGCUGUCGUCGUGUUAUUAUGUUGUGUUUCUCGUUGCCAAAUAAAAUAAUUUGGCGUUAGACAGAGUGAAGAAGUGUUUUAUUAAACGGUGUAGUCUGGGUCUGGAAAUAUGUUAGUAGGGAGUUAAGCUUUCACAUUAUCUUCGAGUUUCAUCCUAUUUCCGUCCCCAGAGCCAUUUUCACUCCUGAAGGGAAAUACUUAUGAUUGGCUUCUCAGAGAACUGCUGUUUCCCAGAAGUUGAGUAGUUUUCGCUAGGAAAAAUUAUCAAAAUAUGUCAACACAAAUACUUUGUUUCUUCGUGAUGCGUCUCUGUUAAAAUUGUUACGAGUUCUGAAGCGUCCCAUUUCAAGAGCAUGCGCUUUAGGAACUACUGCAAGUUUUCUUGCACUUCCGGUCCCGUGUAUCCCAAGGCCUAUGAAGGUCGCUCUCGGCCGUGAAGCCCUGGGAACGAAAAUAGUUUCAUCCUGGCAGAGAAGAGGACGUUGAUGACACAGUGUUCUUCUCUGUGACUGAGGUUUGAAUCCUGCAAUAUACUGUUGUCUGAUUGUAAUUUCACCUUGAAGUCACAUGUGAGAAGAGUGCUUUCAGGUUCUGUAUCUGUACCUAUCUAGGGAGAAGAUAGCGCUAUCGAGUACAAAAUUAGUCUCAAGUUGUUUUUUUCAGUUCGUAUUUCUAAGCUUGUUAUUAUAUUUAUUUUUUAGGUUUAUCUAAGAAUUUUAAGCGACACAAAACAACCCAUGAAGAACACCACUCUACUUCGCCUAUCAAACAAACGACAAUUCCUUGGUCAAAAGCUGAGCACGCUAAACCACAAACUCAAAAUGCCUCUUCGCGUACCAUGAGUGCAAAUGAUUUUGAGAAUAUGGCCAAAAUGUUCGCGUCCCCUGUCACAGCCCCUUUAAUAACGGCGCCAAUGAGUGACACACUUCUCCCUCCUAACCCCGUCGAGGCUCCUAACUCUCUCCCAAAUAUGCGUUGUAUAACCAGUUCGUAUGGCUCUGAGCUCUGCCUUCCUGACGCAAUCACAGGCAAUCAUCCCCCGUGUGCUGAUAACCCGCACCCAGGCGUCGGGCCGUGUGGGUUCCCUGGCACAGGUAUCCCAGGAUUUCAUCCACAGUAUCCGCUUGGCAGUAGAUGGAAAAUGACUAAGACUGGAUACGUUGCUGACACUAUGAAACAAUGCUUGCAGGCUCCAUUAAGUAAGUUUACGUUUCUCUUAUUCUGACACGUGAUAUUCGGUACAUGUGUGUUUUAUUUCUGUCACCACAUCGUUGUAUCUUCACCUCAUCCGCAUGGGCGAAGAGUGCUCCCAGUUUGACCCUAUCAAACACCACAGGAUACAGUAACACUGGAUCAAUAAGAGAUGAUACUUACUGGACCUCUAGGGAGAACAGUUUAGAACUGAUAGAUCUGUCCAGUAUAAAUAAAGUUAGUUUAGUUUAGGUUUCCUCCUGUAGUAACACUGGACCAAUAAGAGAUGAUCCUUACCGGACCUCUAGGGAGAACAGUUUGAACUGAUAGAGCUAUCCUGUGUAAAUAAAGUUAGUUUAGUUUAGGUUUCCUGUAGUAACAUUGGAUCAAUAAGAGAUGAUCCUUACUGGACCUCUAGGGAGAACAGUUUAGAACUGAUAGAGCUAUCCUGUGUAAAUAAAGUUAGUUUAGUUUAGGUUUCCUCCUGUAGUAACACUGGAUCAAUAAGCUAAGAGAUUGUUCUUACUGGACUUCUAGGAAGAACAGUUUGGAACUGAUAGAACUAUCCAGUAUAAAUAAAGUUAGUUUAGUUUAGUUUAGGUUUCCUCCUGUAGUAACACUGGAUCAAUAAGAGAUGAUCCUUACUGGACCUCUAGGAAGAACAGUUUAGAACUGAUAGAGCUAUCCAGUAUAAAUAAAGUUAUCCUACCACAUAUUUCCAACCUAAACUAAACUAACCAAUUUCUUCUUUCAGAUGAGGACUGUAAUUCCUGGGGAUGUGACUGGUUUGGAAAUUUCCUUGACGAUGAUGAUAAGAAAGGCGGAGGAGCGGGUGGUGGAGGUGGGGGAGGAGGGGGGGCUGCUGGAGGAGGGGCUGCUGGAGGAGCGGCUGCUGGAGGAGGGGCUGCUGGAGGAGGGGCUGCGGGUGGAGGGGCUGCAGGUGGAGGAGCUGCAGGUGGUGGUGGAGCUGCAGGUUUUGGGGGUGGGGGAGCUGCAGGUGGUGGAGGAGGUGGAGCUGCAGGUGGAGGAGCUGCGGGUGGAGGUGGUGGGGCUGCAGGUGGAGGAGGGGGAGCUGCAGGUGGAGGUGGGGGAGCUGCAGGUGGAGGUGCUGCAGGUGGGGGUGGAGGCGGAGCUGCAGGUUUUGGGGGCGGGGGAGCUGCGGGUGGAGGUGCAGGUGGUGGUGCGGGUGGAGGAGGAGGAGGCGGGGGUGGAGGUGGUGGGGGACGUCCAUUCUCAGAUCCUUCUCAAGCGUGGAGAUUUCCCUACAAACCAAACUUCUUCCCAAGUAAUGGCCGUCGAAGAAGCUUGGAUAGUAUAUGUGGAGAACUUCGCAGACACUUUACACAAGGAAAUAACAACUUUGGAAACGCACAAAACAUGGAGAAUUCACAAGUGCAUAGUUUAUUUGAAAAUAUGAAAAACUUCCCUUUGCAGCUUUCCAGUUCGUCAGGGAACAAUAAUUUUGGAAAUCUCCCAAACCCUUCACUGACACCCAAUUUUGCUGCGAGUAAAAGUGUUGAGAAUUUUGAAAGUAUGGCCAAUGACCCAUUGUCACCAAGUUUUGCAGGCAGUAAUAACUUUCUUGGUGAUAAUGCGUUAUUUGGAGGAGGGAAUCGUUUAGAUGAUGUUAAUUUAAGAAACUCGAUGGGUAAUGGUAAUGAAUCACCAGACUUUCUGGAAAGUUCAACUUCAAUGAAAAUGGAUUCAACUCGAAGAGUGGAAAGCCUAUGA